CUGAUUGGCAUGGAUCCGCCACUUCGACAUCGCCGCCUCUACUUCAUCUACUCAGCGUUCAUUAAUGUAUUCUUGGGCAUACUCUUGCCCGUCACAAUGAUCACUAAAUUGUUUUUCAUUGAAAAUAUGCCGCAACUUAUUGGUCUACUCUAUUUGGGUGUCACAAUAACUAUGGCCACUGCCAAACAAUUCUCACUUUGGCUACAUCGCUCGAAGCUGCUGCAAGUCAACUUUUAUUUGACUAAAUUGGACGCGCGCUGCAAUAGUCAUGCGGUUGAUCGCCAACAUUUACUCACAGCCAUACGGAUUUGUCAUUUGUACUAUGCCGCCUAUAUGUUUGUUUAUGAGCUGAGUAGCAGCGGUUUUGCAUAUAUCGGGUUUUCUUUACGUCAGAUGGUUUACGAUGGUUGGUUUCCAAAAUUCUCUGCUAAUCCAGAAAAGAAUUUGACUUUAACACUGAUUUAUCAGAAUUUCGCGGUUAUGAGUUUUUUUGUGCUGCAAAAUGUUAACAACGAUAUGUAUUCACAGUGUUAUCUAGCCGUAAUGAUUGGCCAUCUGCGUGCCUUGUCGGCGCGUAUCAGUCGCAUCGGUAAGGAAGGUGUACUGAGCGUGGAAGAUAAUAUUGAAGAACUGAAGAAUUGCAUAGAGGACCAUAAGAAUUUGUUGGGUUACUUCGCUUGCAUACGUCCGGUUAUAUCACGCACCAUUUUCAUGCAAUUCUGCAUCACCGCCUUCGUGCUCUGCCUCACCGCCGUCAAUUACGUGGCCCUUGAGCGCGAUGCUACGCAAAUGCUCAUCGCUGCCACCUAUAUUUUCGCUGUGCUGAUUGAGGCGCUACCCUGCUGCUGGUAUGUGAAUGCGCUGAUGGAGGAGUGCAGCCAACUGACCACGGCUAUGUACGAUUGCCAAUGGUAUGAGCAGAAUAAGGAAUUCCGUAAAAUGCUGAUCUUUUUUAUGCUGCGCUCACAACGUACAAAUAUCCUAAUGGCUGGAAAUUUGGUGCCGAUCACGCUGCAGACUUUCCUGAAUAUCAUAAAAUUUUCUUUCUCGAUGUUUACAAUU